AGGGAUAUGCAUAUGCGCGUAAAAUGCGCAAAGUGAAUGUUCGUGAGCAGAGUUAUGAGUGCGCUCGCUUUGUUGCUCCGGCUGUCUGCGUGGGUGGAGUAAUACCAUAGUCUUCUUUGCACACGUUAUCACCGCCUUUUCGCACGGUUCUGAAUUAUAAAACGCGCGCGCCCAUACGUUGUUGACAUGUAGCCGAAUAUCGUAUAUCAAUGCAUCAUGUUGAAGUGAGGGUUGGUUUUGAUAGCUGGCAGCUGUAUGCGAGCUAAUGCUCUAAGUUGUCCUUUAACAGAGGGAACUGUAACUCACACAACGUUAAAGUGUUUGUUGCUGCUCAGAAAGAGAGCAGUUAGUGGCUGUUGUUAGCUAACCUAACGUUAACUUGACUCUAAGCUAAACGUUAGCUAACGCGUUAGCUGUCUGCUUGACAACAUAAGCAAGUCGAUAAAGCUUGAGUUAAAGUUUAGGUAUUUCAAAUGUCUAACGCCACAGAAAUUAAGUUGGCAGCUGAAUGGGAGGACGACGAGCGGAUGAAUUUUAUGUUCUCGGACUUCAACGAGAACCGAGAUGUCAACACGACGGACUGGGACAGUAAGAUGGACUUCUGGACGGCUCUGGUCAUUAAAAGCUGCAGGGACCGAGGCACCGUGUACGUCAGUCUGCAGGAGCUGAACAAGACCUUCAGAAGGAAAGAUAAGUCACCACUGGGCUUGGUGACUGUCAUCCAGUCCAUGGCCAGAUGUGGGAAGAUCCAGAGGGAGUCCGAGUUUGCCGCCAAUGUGGACUGCGGCUGGCUGUCCUGGGGUGUCGGCCUGCUGCUGGUAAAACCUCUGAAAUGGACAUUCUCAACUCUUCUGGGAAGCAACCAGGUGCCUUUGGAGGAGUCCUUCGUUGUCAUUGAACUAGUGAAGGAGAAAGCAGCAGAAUUACUCAAGGUGUACAGGAGCAGUGGAUCUGCAAGGCGCUCCAUCCUGUCAUUUCCAGAGCUCUGUACUCUCUCCUCUGACGUCUGUGCCGAUGAGAGCACCCUGUGCAUGGCGCUCCUGCAGCUGCAGAGGGACAAGCAAGUGACGGUUUCAUUGCACGAGGGUGAGAAGAUUGUCAAGUUUUGUCAGGCUGGGCAAGAUAAUUUUUCCCCAGUCAGCGAUGUGGAUAUGGGCAUCUACCAGCUGCAGCGCAGUGAGAAGCUGCUGGGAGAGCGGGUGGAGAAACUGGGCCUUGAUGCUGACAAGUGCAAAGAGGAAGCAAGGGCACUUCUCCGGGAAGGGAAGAAAUCACAGGCGCUGAGGUGUUUAAGGGGCUGCAAGAGGGUGGAAAAGAGAGCAGACGGCUUGUUUGCCAACCUGGAGUCCAUCAGAGGAAUCCUGGACAGAAUAGCCCAGUCGCAGACUGAUAAGACGGUUAUGCAAGCAUAUCAGGCCGGAGUGUCCGCCCUGAGACUCUGUCUGAAGGACGUGACUGUGGAACGUGCUGAGAGUCUUGUGGAUCAAAUACAGGAGUUAUGUGACACUCAAGAUGAGGUGAACCAAACUAUAUCCAGUGGCGUGACCAGCGCAGAUGAAGACAUGGAUGAGCUGGAGGAGGAACUGAAAUCUUUGUUGGACGAGUCAAAGCCGGAUUCCAUCUCAAGUUAUCCUGAAGUUCCAACAAACGGUCUGCGAAUCCCCGGGGAGCCGAGCCUCCGAGGUGCCGACCUGCUCAGUUCUCUGCCUGCGGUGCCUUACAGACGCUUGGAUAUCACCGAUGAGCAGCUGGAGGAAGAGUUAAACCACCUUACAGAUUCAGGCUUUCAACAGAAGAAAAUGACAUCGCCAGCCAAGAGAUUAGAGCCUGCACAGUGACGGCACAGGUUUAAAGCUCUACAUCAACAUAUCAAACUGUGUUUCUUAAACAUCCAAACAAGCCAGAAUUCAAAGAAGUACAAUAAAGUACUAAAGAACUACAUUAGCAAUUGCUACUUUAUUAUUGUAAGAGAUGUAAAAUCAAUGUUAUAAUAAAAACAAGGCACUUUCCUUCAUUAAUAAGAAAUGAGCAUGGAGGCAUGCCAAAAAGGAUUUUUAAAAUAUAUUUUUUUCUUUUCUAAAUUAAAAUGCUUUUCAACGUGAAAGAUCUGCUCUGCCAUCAGGAUCUCAAGUCAAAAGUGAACAUAUUUAUGGUUUAAAUUAUGCUCUUAAACGGCGAGACUAGUAAUGCAUUUGUAUUUUUUCUUGUAUUUUUGCCAAGUGUGAGAACAAGUGUAUUUGUUGUUUGUAGUGUGUGUUUAUUGAUAUCUUUAAAUGUCCUUUACUGACUGUCCUCUGAAGAGCAUCAAGUGGCCUUUUCAACUGUAAAUUUGAAAGUAAAGUGAAUAUUAUGCCAAAUGAUUUAAUCAAUAAGUUUGUUUAGUCUCACUGCAACAUACCUGUGAAGACUGAGACGCCUACCUUAAGUGAGUUUAACCAAAUAUGUUUCCCAAAAUAAAAUUUAUUUUAAUCA